UUGAGGGACCAAAUGUGUCAAUUCUGAAACUUAAUUUACUAAUAGUAAAAUAACACACCAAACACACACCUAAGUGUGUGUUUGAUCGAUCAAAGCCAGGCAACAAGAGGGGAUUUCCCUCAAACCCUAAAAUUCACAAAAAAUCCAUCAAUUAAAGGUGCAAAUCAAGUCCGAAUUGAAAUCUGAAUAUAGGGUUGUGAUCAUCUUGACUAAGAGAUUGUAAGGCAACACGAGUGAGGCGUCGGGAAGUCAAGCCGGUGCGGACGCUCGCCAAAAGGGAAAGCUCUAAGUAAGAAGAUGUCGGGAGGUGCUAGUGACAAUGUUCUAUCCCUCACUACCGACGAGUUGAAAGAGAAGAUUGCCGAGGAAGUUGGUAGGGCCAUCGAAGUUAGUCUACCAAGAUUUGUGGAAAGAAUGCAAAACACCUUACUUUCGACUAUGGAAGAAAGAAUUGGUGAACUAAGAGAAGACCUUACCAGUGAUAGGGGCAAGGCUAAGGAAAAGAAAGGUUGUUCUUACAACAAGUUUAUGGCGUGCAAGCCCCCGGUUUUCAAUGGAGAGGUAGAUCCAAUUGCUUGUCAAAGGUGGAUAAGCGAUAUUGAAGGUGUUUUCGAACGUACGCAUUGUGAUGAAAGUGACUUCGUGGCGUAUGGAACUGGCCAACUUAGAGGCCAAGCCAAGGAUUGGUGGGACAACCUCAGAAACGAAAGGGGUGUUGAAACAAUAAGGGCGAUGACUUGGGAAGCUUUCAAAGUACCAUUCCUCAAACAUCACAGCCCCAAGGCGGUGAUAAAUAAGAUAAAGGAAGAAUUCAUGCAAUUAAGGCAAAAGGGUGAAACCGUUGAUAAGAUUACGGGAAUGUUCAUGGAUAAGCUCAAGUUUUGUGAUGACUUGGUCAAAACUGAAGAACAGAAAAUUUAUUAUUACCACACCAUGCUUAGGGCUGAAUAUAGGGAGUUCAUGACUCCCUCACAUUAUGAAAGCCUUACUGAUAUAAUCAAUGCGGCGCGGGAACGCGAGAUUGAACUGAAAAGGCAAGUUGAAAGAGGUGAAAGGAGGGCCUUGGAUGAAAACCCGAGUCCCACAAAGAAGCCGAAGGUAGCUGAAUCUUCGAAGAAAGGAAGUGCAAAAGGAGGAUCUCCGAGUUGCAAAACAUGUGGACGCACUCAUAAAGGUGAAUGCUAUUUCAAGAAUAAACCUUGCGUGGCAUGUGGCAAGAUAGGGCAUGGGGUUGCAAAUUGCCCCGACAAAGUAACGGUGUGCUAUAAAUGUUACCAACCGGGUCAUAAAAAGUCAGAAUGUCCGGAAUUGGUGGGAAACAAAGAGAGUGCCGGUUCUAGGGAUGAGACCCCAAAGGCUAAGGCAAGGUCGUUCCAAAUCACUGCUGCGGAAGCAAAAAUGGAACCCGACGUGGUUACAGGCAACACGAGUGAGGCGUCGGGAAGUCAAGCCGGUGCGGACGCUCGCCAAAAGGGAAAGCUCUAAGAUUUCAAGUAAGUCAAUCGAGCGGAUGGUGAUCAAUACAAGACUUAUGAACCGAACACUCUCAAGAAGAUGA